GAUUGACCGAACAGCACGAGUCUGUGAAAAGAGAGAAUCUCCUACGUCUCAGAACUAUGUACGUGAUGUGCUUUAGGGGGAAACACCUUUACAGUCUCCCAUUCUGAGCUACAAUAGUCAUUAUUUAUGCCUUCGUUCAGUAUGCUCUCAGGACUUAUAAUUCGAAGGAUUCAUUGACGUCUCACUCAGCAGCUGCACUUUUGUAUAUCUUGCUCUUUGAUGAGGUGUUGAGCUCGAAGCGCUCAUCCCUGUCAUAACAACGCGACACUAGGAGGAAUAGAAGUGGCCCAAAAAAUCGACUCGAUUGCGCUUCGAACAAUCUAGAGCUCAAUUUUCUGUUUUCGAGUCGCGCAGGGUAGACUAACAUCUAAGUCAGGGCGGGUACAACUCCGAUAUCCCAGUAUUUGUCGACGAGAAGGCGAGUCAUCGCAAGGCGUGCAGCAAUUGGGAAUAGCCGACCAUUAAUUUGAGUCUAGAAAUGGCAGUGUGGAAGAGUGGGGAGAAGCCCGUAGCUGUCAUAGGCAACAACGGACUCGUUGGUCGAGCCUUGGUCAAAAAAUUACUCGAACGAGGAUACAUCGUUCGCUCCGCCAUCGGCAGCUCACCAGAUGAAGCUGCAGAAAUGAUGGCGUUGCCUGGUGCCGAAGAGAGGUUGAAGCUGAUGGUGAGGGAUCUCCUUGACUAUGCGAACAUUUUGACCGUGAUUGAAGGCUGUUCAAGCGUAUUUCUGACCAUCCCCUCUUGUGAUGGGCUGAAUGGGCAACUCGACUACCCGGCUGAGGCUGUGGAUGCUGAGGUGAGAGGAACAUUGAAUGUAGUCGAGGCAUGUGCCAACUCAUCUAUCAAACGCAUGGUCCUCACAUCUUCGGCAUCGGCUGUGGUGUUUGACAUCAACACGAAAACGGACUCUCUAAAGUCUGUGGACGAACGGAACUGGAGCAACGUGGAUUUCCUUCGGAAAAACAAGUUAUGGUCAGCUCUGGCGAAAACUGUGGCCGAGAAAGCAGCUUGGUCCCUAGCGAGGGAUAGAGGGUUGGACCUUGUCGUAAUGAAUCCGGCGAUCGUCACGGGCCCUAACCCAAAGAUUUCAGAAGGACAGCACAGUGGAGUGCUUGCUGUCGCUCGGGUGGAUGUCGUGGCUGCUGCGCACAUAGAUGCAGCGGAAAGCUCACAGGCAUCUGGGCGUUACUUGUGCUUCGAACGGUUGCUCAGCGAUGACGAAGCACUGGAACUGAUGAAAAAGCUUUUCCCUACGCUCUCUCACAAGAGGCUGCAGGAAUCGUACAGUCCAUUGAGACUUUCCAACGAAAAGCUCAUGAGAUUGGGGUUGACCUCAUAAAUUUGACAGGCUUAAAAUUGUAUGAAAUUUUUUAUGCAGUCCAGUUGAGGAUUCAUUAGGAACAGGGAAAUAAGGAGUAGAAAAAGGGUAUUUGCCGCAAAAGCAACAUGUACAUUUUAGUAAUUCGAGGAUGAGACCAAACUUCAAUCAGAGCAGGACUCGAGUGUGCAGAUUUCGAGCUGAUCAUAUGCGCCCUACCUAGGAUUAUUUGAGUUGUCGACUGCCACCUAGAAAACCUGAGGACAAAAGAAAGAUCUGUGUGGCCAUUGGGUCAAGGCGAGCGACAAUCGGAGGAAACAAUUAGACAGCAGUGAAACAUCUUGCGAUACAGAGUCUUCAUCUAUCUGCUCCAGAGCCAGAGUCGUUGUACAUCUUUCAUACUCUUGUAUUUAUGUUCGUUGCGGACCUUGAGUGUAGGUAGUUAGUUAGACUCUUUAGGACUUCACAAAAGAGAUUCCAUGAACUAGUGAUGGAGACUUCACUGGUAGAAGCUCACUGUAUGGAUUAUUCUCCUCGUCAAGGAGGUUCGACUGAAAGUUUGAAGAUCCGGAUGGGAUCGUACUCUGCACUUGCGUCAGAGCAAAUUUUUCCAAAUAAAGCGAU